AUGGUCCUUCCUCGGUACCCUAUGUUCUGUAAUGAGAUAUUGUUAUUAUCCUUUAUGGUCCUUCCUCGGUACCCUAUGUUCUGUAAUAAGAUAUUGUUAUUAUCCUUUAUGGUCCUUCCUCGGUACCCUAUGUUCUGUAAUAAGAUAUUGCUAGUAUUCUUUAUGGUCCUUCCUCGGUACCCUAUGUUCUGUAAUAAGAUAUUGUUAUUAUCCUUUAUGGUCCUUCCUCGGUACCCUAUGUUCUGUAAUAAGAUAUUGCUAGUAUUCUUUAUGGUCCUUCCUCGGUACCCUAUGUUCUGUAAUAAGAUAUUGUUAUUAUCCUUUAUGGUCCUUCCUCGGUACCCUAUGUUCUGUAAUAAGAUAUUGCUAGUAUUCUUUAUGGUCCUUCCUCGGUACCCUAUGUUCUGUAAUAAGAUAUUGUUAGUAUCCUUUAUGGUCCUUCCUCGGUACCCUAUGUUCUGUAAUAAGAUAUUGUUAGUAUCCUUUAUGGUCCUU